ACCGGAAGUCGGUCCAUUCCCAAAGUGUCCCCGCCGCCACUUCCUCCGCAGCCCUCUUCUUGGAGAGGCCGCUUUCUGGGUUUUUGGUUUCCCGAAUGGCGGCGGCAGUAGAAGCGCUGUUCCUGGCUCUGGCGUUGGUGGCAGCCGCGGCGGGAGAGGCCUCGAACGAGACUUCGGGAGGGGGGCAGGCGGGGCCGGCGCCCACCGCGCUCUCGACGCCGGCCACAUCCGGGUCCUCGCUGACGUCACCGCCUUCGCGGCUGAGGCUCUCGGCGCUCCACCGCGCGCUCUACGUCAUCGCCGUCCUGGCCGGCAUCGGGCUGCUCUAUUACCUCGGGGGCCGCGCGCUACGGACGCGGACGCCUCCCCGCAAAAAGUACGGCCUUCUGUCCAAUGCCGAAGACCCCAUGGAGAUGGCCUCCCUGGAGAGCGAUGAGGACACCGUCUUUGAGUCCAGGAACCUGCGGCGAUGAUAAUGGGGGCCACGGUGUGAUGUGCCAGACGUUGACCGGAAGAGGUACAGAUCCACCGUCGCACCAGCCACCUUUCCCCCCUGAUUUUCUCUUUCUUAUUUUUUGAAAACUGUUGGGUUUGUUCUCCCUCAAGAGAGGUUGCCUUUCCUCCGAAGGCUGUUGGAAAGGAUAGCAUAAAUGGAGGCCCUCCCAAAGCAACAAGAGCGAAUGUAGCCCUUAAGGAGCAAAGGAACCAAGUGGGAAUGGGACACGAUGGAGGGGAAACACCACGCUUGAUAUGUUCCUUACCGCAAUGGGAGAUGAAGCCAUCAUCAUGGAUCGUUUUGGUUCCCAAGGAGUUUUGCUGGAGGGUUUCGGGAUGGCAAAAGGGGUCACAACAUUCCACAUUCCUCCAUUUCAUUCCGCACUUCGGGAAACUACACAGUCUGCAAGGUUUGCCAUUAACCAGAACUUGUUUCCCAAGCCUUUGAGGAUCGCCUUAAAUUUGACCAAGCCAUUCUAGAAACGUGUACCUUUCAGGCGACUUCUUCCAUGCCCCCAACUUCCAUUCCUUAGACCUCAAUGCAGGGUUUGGAAUAGAAUUCUGGGCAAAGCAGAGAAAGCAAUGGUUGGAGACUAUUAACUCUCUUUGCUACACCCUUUACAUGUCAAGGUCCCAUUUUUUUGCCCCAAAAUGCCAUCUAGAGGCAUCUUACCAUGAUCUUAGGCCUAAGAGUUGCCUUUUAAAGUCUGCCCUGGGCUUACAAUGAACCAGGGAGUCAAUAAAAUCAUAUUUGGAAAUGCCUGCUACACUCCUGAAGGUCACUUGAGGGUCCAACCUUUCCCCCUUGAAUAUAUUUCCCCCCAAAAUAUACUGUACUGUAAGGUAGAUAUAACACAGGCAGAACAGAAGAGCAGUAAUCGAGAUACAAGAAGUGAUUUGGAAAGGAAUCUGUGGAGCAGACUCCAUCUUCUAGUAUCCCCCUCAUCGGCUGCUGUGCAUUGCAGUCAGUCAGAAAGCCCUGCAGACCCUUUCCUAGUCUAACGUCGGGACCGAAACUGGGUCUUUCCAUACACACCUGAUGCUUUGAAACGUGAGAGAAACAAUGCUUCGAAAUGCAACCUUCCUGUUUAUAUUUACUUCCUGCCUUCCCCUGGUAUUUGCAGGAUUUUAAGGGGUUUAAUGGAUUCUUAAACAUUAUUCGGAGCCAUGAGAUGAACUUGCCCACCUCAGAUUUGUAAAGGAGGCCAGUUUAAAUGUCUCUCCGUUCCAUGAAAGGGCCCAAAUUUGGGGAGACCACUGGAUGAGGCUUGAAACGCUUGCUUGCAUGAGUCUGCAAAAAACCCUGGCUAUUUUCCUUCAGAAGAGAGAAUUGUUCUUCAAAAUGGGACCAGUGUGGAGCCAGGCUUUGGCCCUUCGAGUUUUUUUUUUGUUCUCGACCAGAAAUCAAUCUGCUAAUCCUCAAAUAAAGACAAAUAAACACACUGUC